AUGGCUGAAUUCCAGAUUACAAAAACUGUGGAUGUACAAACGCGGGUGGAGGACUACCUGAAUGACAAGAUACAAACUGCGGCGGACUUGGACCAGGUUGAGAGCCUACUGCAACGAGUGCAAGAACAGCAGAAUCUAUUGCGGGAGCAGCUCGAAAAUGCCCGGAAGGACUACACGCAGGCUGUAAACCGAGCCGACGAGCGAUCUAUUGAACUAAGAGAAAAGGCCGAAGCAUUCAAGAGGGAAGACGCCGAUUUAGACCAGCGGCUCCGAUAUCUUGCACAAUCAAAUGUGAGCGACGAUGCGGCGCAAAAAGUCGAAGCUAGGAUGAGCAAGGUGCGCAGUCUCGAAGUCGCUCAAGGUUAUCUAGAAGUGGUCCAGCACAUGGACACUUUGAACAACCGAGCCAAACAGAACUUGGUCGCGCAUCCGGACAUAUCAGUCAAAGCAUAUAUUCGGCUGAGGGACAUUUGGAAGCACAUUCAGGAUGCUCAGCCGGCUGCGGAAGGGGCAGCGCCUCAACUAGCAUACCUCCUCGAGCAACAAUCGCAGCAACUCUAUGCCAGCAUCAAGAAAUCCCUGGAGGGGAAUCUGCGUGACACUCUUGCACAAAUGAAUUGGCCAGGGAAAGAAUUGAAAUUAUCGGACAAUGUACGUGAGAGAUGGGAACAAGAAGUCAGAUUACUUCUCGAACUACAAGAUCCAGACCUCAUUGCAGCGUUCGCAGGCAUCGACACUCGAAGUCGGUCUUCGACUCCUGACCCUGUCGUUCUGCUCCCACUUGAGGUCAUGGUUCAGCCUUUGGCAGUAAGGUUCCGCUAUCAUUUUUAUGGAGAUAAACCCACAAAUCGACUGGACAAGCCCGAAUACUUCCUCACCCAUCUCCUCGAUCUGCUAGAGACAUACAGUGGAUUCAUGAGCGAUAUGAUGGGUCCUAUCUUGGACGACAGAGCGUUUCAAUCUGAGGCUCUGGAAUCUAUAUAUACUGAUGCAGUCUCCGCGUUCAUCACGGCGCUGCUGCCGAUGGUUGAAGCAAAGUGUCUGUCUUUUCUACCUCAAAUCUCCCAACAACCACAAUUGUUGUCUCACUUCAUGCACGAGUUGAUGGAAUUCGAUACUGCUAUUCGUGACGCUUGGGGAUAUGUUCCAAUUCCCAGGAUGUUGGCAGAGUGGAAAGGAAUCACUUGGAGGAUGCUCACCACGCACAGCUACUUUGCCAUGUGGCUUAAAGUCGAGAAAGAUUUUGCUCUUUCUCGAUACAAAAGUAUUAGAGAUACUCCAGAUAGCAACGAUAUUGACUUUGACGCAGACGCCACUCAGACAAAGCCGACCAAAGGAGCAAUUCGUGUCAACGACCUUUUGGAGACGAUCACGAAUCGAUACAGAGGUCUUUCGUCCUUCAGCCAGAAGAUGAAGUUUCUCCUGGAGAUUCAAUUGUCUAUCUUUGAUGACUAUCACAACCAUCUCCAUGGUGCGCUGCAAGCCUAUCUUGUAUCCUCCCACACCGCUGGCCGGUUACUUCAGGGCCAAUCUGAGGCAGAGGCCUUCGGUUUGAAGGGCUUGGAAUCACUGGCCAAGAUAUUUGGUAGUGCAGAGUUUCUCGAACGGAAAAUGACCGAUUGGAAUGAUGAAGUUUUCUUUCUGGAGCUGUGGGACGAACUGCAAUAUCGCGCCAAGGCAAACAGCGGCACAGGUGCCUCAAUUGGUACAGAUUUGAGGGUGGAUGACGUUGCAGACAAGACAUCAACGGCUAUCAAGUCAAGUGGAACAGAGACGGAUACCGAUACGGACGGAAGUGGACUGUUUGAUCAGACUGCUUCAGCAUAUCGACGGCUACGUGAACGUAGCGAGGAAGAAAUGCUCCGUUUCUUCGACAUCAACCUGAGAGCCGCACUGCGACCAUAUGCAAAGCUUGCCCAGUGGUCGUCUCUUGACGAGCCACUGUCCGAUCCGAUGGCGAUGACACCUUCUCCAAGUCUCGAUAGCUUACUCCAAACAACAGCCACCCUUCUUGGGUAUUUAUCUCGGGUGCUGGCUCCGGGAUCCAUGCGGCGCAUAUGUAAACAUUACUGCUCGACACUGCAGAAAGAGCUCUACGAGAACGUUAUCAUGCACCAUACGUUCUCAGCCACUGGCGCAGCACAGCUGGCGAGAGACCUUUUCGAGAUCAAAACAAGCAUCGAAAAGCACAGCAGAUUGCUAGGAGUUACGGGACCAGGUCUGAGACGGCUCGAGGAGGCAGUCGACCUACUUUCUCUAGAUGCUUCGAAAGCUCUGGACAACAGCGAAGAGGAUGAGUGGGGGUUUGAUGUUGACGAUGACGAAGAGAAGACAACAGGACAAACUACUGCAGAUGAAGCUAUCACUAAUGAUGGCGAGGUCAGGAAGCUUGGACUAUGGGAUGUGGAGAAGCUGAUCUUCGAGAGCAACGAAGCAGCACGAAAGGCUCUCGGGGAUAUAGGCCUAUAUCAUCUCAGCGAAGGGGAAGCAAGGAACAUAUUGAAACGGAGAGUCGAGCUGAAUGGGUAA